UGGGUGGUACGCCGGCAACAGAUGCAGGGCGCCUAGAUUUGCAUCUUUAGGCCAAGCUGAGAGCCUGAAGGUAGAAGGAAUCACAGAGAAGGGCUGGGAAGGCAAGGACCCGAGGUGCGGAGAAAACCCCCUAAAAUUUUGGCAGAAGUCCCCGCCCCCACCGGCUAGCUCCGCGCAGGAGAGUGUCUGCCUACCGCGGCCGCUGCAGCCGGGGCGACCUCUCCCCAGCCAUGCGAGGCCCUAUCGCAGACGGGACGAAGGUCCACUUCUGCAAUGCCAAGGAGGAAAUUCGUGCCCGGGUCGACACCUCGGAGGGCGACGGCGGCCAGAAGAGGCCGGACGCCCGCGGGCAGCGCCAGAACAUCGUCUGGAGGAACGUCGUCCUGAUGAGUCUGCUCCACCUGGGGGCCGUGUACUCCCUGGUGCUCAUCCCCAAAGCCAAGCCGCUCACUUUGCUCUGGGCCUACUUCUGCUUCCUUCUGACUGCUCUGGGUGUGACAGCUGGAGCCCAUCGCUUGUGGAGCCACCGGUCCUACAAGGCCAAGCUGCCUCUGAGGAUAUUUUUGGCAGUUGCCAACUCCAUGGCUUUCCAGAAUGACAUCUUUGAAUGGUCCAGGGACCACCGAGUCCACCACAAGUACUCAGAGACAGAUGCUGAUCCCCACAAUGCCCGCCGGGGCUUCUUCUUCUCCCAUAUUGGGUGGCUGUUUGUUCGAAAGCAUCGAGAUGUCAUUGAGAAGGGGAGGAUGCUUGACGUCACUGACCUGCUUGCUGAUCCCGUGGUCCGGUUCCAGAGGAAGUACUAUAAGAUCAGCGUGGUGCUCAUGUGCUUCGUGGUCCCCACGCUGGUGCCCUGGUACAUCUGGGGAGAAAGUCUGUGGAAUUCCUACUUCUUGGCCUCCAUCCUCCGCUAUACCAUCUCGCUCAACGUCACCUGGCUAGUCAACAGUGCCGCCCACAUGUACGGAAACCGGCCCUAUGACAAGCACAUCAGCCCUCGGCAGAACCCACUUGUCACCCUGGGUGCCAUUGGUGAAGGUUUCCACAAUUACCAUCACACCUUCCCCUAUGACUACUCUGCAAGUGAAUUUGGCUUAAAUUUCAACCCGACUACCUGGUUCAUUGACAUCAUGUGCUGGCUGGGGCUGGCCACUGACCGAAAACGGGCAACCCAGCAGGUAAUCGAGGCCCGGAAGGCGAGGACUGGAGAUGGCAGUGCUUGAACCUGGAACCGUCACCAACAAGUCGGCUGCUGACUCCUCUGCCCAUUGCUUUUGUUACUGUGGUUUUCUUGUCCGUUGGA